UCCUCGAAUGCUUAUAAAUAUGAUAUGUAUGAUUGCUCUUUCCUUCAAAUAUCAACCAAAUCAACAUUUUUCAAACAAGACAAAAAGAAAUACAUACUAUUCCAAAUCACAACAUCAAUAUGCAAUCCAUUUCUUUGAUAAAUUCCACCCCAUUAUUCCACCAAUUUUCAUCAGCCAAAUCAAAGAAACCCAUUUUGUUUGUUCCAAUUAUGGCUUCUAAAAGAGACAAUAAUUUUGGUGGCAAGUUAGUGGAUGAAAGUAUGAUAAUUCUAAGGAAAAGGAUCCAUGAGAUGAACAUGAUUGAGAAGAACUAUGAAGCACCUUCUAAUUGGAUGGAAUGGGAGAAGAGUUGCUAUUAUACAAACUAUGAUUCAAUCAUAUGUGAAGCAAUGAGAGUUUUACAAACCAAGUUGAUGAAUACUAGGCCAAGUGUUGCUUUUGGGGCUAUGGCUUUUGUUGCUAUUAGUGUUCCAUUUUCUUCUUUUCUUGUUUUUCUUCAUCUUUUGGAAUUUGCUAAAUCUUUUGAUGUGAUUAAUUUAGUGUUUUGAGUUAGUGGAUUGGUAUUUGGAAAGCCAACAAAUUCAUUUUAAAUAUAUAUUUUGGGAUUAUAUAUCAUACAUACAUACUAGUAAUUGCAGUUGA